CCGCUCUCGAAACCAAUCUCGAACCCAAGUCAGAUAUCAAUUUAAUUUAAUAAUACAAAUAUAAUAAUCUCACUCUUCUCUCCGGUUCCCCCUCAGCCCCAUGCCAUGGCCUCCGCCGCCGGCGUGGACUCCUCCCCCUACCCCUCCGACCACCACUGCCUCCUCCGCCCGGACUCCCUCCCCCUCGUCGACCUCCGCCUUCUCUCCCAAUCGGACCUCUUCUCCCUCUCCCUCUCCUCCUCCUCCCAACCCCUCGGCCGCUGCGACGACGACGUCUUGAUCCCCAAAAUCGACCGCUCCGUCUUCAACGAAUCCGCCGGCAGCCGCAAGCAGACCUACUCCCGCCUCCGCCUCGCCCCUCGCAACUCCCAAUUCCCCUCCUCCUCCGCCCGCCAAACCCCCGAGCCCCUUGCUCAAGAGAGCUUCCAGGUCAUCGCCCUGCUCAAGCAGCUCUUCUCCUCCGGAACCAACGACGAACUCGUCCCGAUUCGCGUCCAUUACAAUGAUGCCGCUCACGAGCCUUCCAGCAGCGUCGCCGUGCGGAAUGUCCCCAUCCAUGUCGUCCUCCCGAAUUCCGCUCCCGAGAAACGGAAGCGAGGGCGGCCUCGCAAGAACGCGACCGAAGGCCUUGGGACGCUCAAUUGGGAGAAUCCUCUGCCGGUUUCGUACGGUUCCGUCGGAGAAGUUGCUCCCGCUCCGGUUUCGUCCAAUUCCGCCUUUUCCGUCGGUUCUGUGAAGCACAAGCGAGGUCGUCCGCGGAAGAAUACGAUUACGGAGACAGGGAGAAGUGUUGCAGGUAUGGUAUCGGUUCCUAUUUCGUCCAAUGCCGCAUUUCAUCGUUCCGCGAUGGACAUUAUCUCUGUGCCGGUUCCGUUGAAUGCAGUCUCGUAUGAUUCGGCAAAAGACGUUGUUCCCAUUCCAGUUUCGUUCAAUUCGCCGUUUUUUGAUGAUGCCAAGAAACUGAAGCCAGGGCGUCCAAGAAAGAAUCGAGAUACGGUCUUGUGCUGUAAUGUUACAGGCUGCAUUCCCGUUCCGGUUUCGUCCAAUGCGGUCCCUAACGAUUCUUUGGCCAAAAUUGUUUCCGUACCGGUUUCAUCUGCGACAGACAUAGCCAGCAGCGGUGGCCAGGUGAAGCGCAAGCGAGGGCGGCCGCGUAAGAAUGAGACCCGCUAUGUUCGUGUUGUAAAGGGUGAUGAUAAGGCCGGUACAUUCUUUGAUGAUGCGAAGGAAAGAGUGGAGAAGAAAGAGGAGUUAGUGAAUGUGAACAGGAAUGGGUGUGUUGUGGAUUUGGUUGCGUUGGGGCAUUCGGAGGAUCCGUUCAGCGCGGAGUUGAGGCAGAAGACGGAAGGGAUGAGGACGGAGGCGGAGCUAUUAGGAUUCUUGGGAGGGCUGGAGGGGGAAUGGGGGAGCUGGAGGAGGAAGAAGAAGAUCGUGCCAGCGAGCGAGCUCAGUGACACACUACCGAGGGGUUGGAAGAUACAGAUAUCUCUCAAGAGAAGAGAAGGCCAUGCGUCGUUGUUUUGUAGACGAUACCUUAGCCCUAAUGGGCAGCAGUUUCUCUCAUGCAAGGAAGCUUCUUCCUAUUUGCUUGCCUCUUGUGGAGUCCAGGACGCAGGCCAGUCAAAUCCUGGUCUUGCUGAUGGCAAUGUUCAGAUUGCUAAUAAAGUGGGGUCCUACGAUGCAAAUCUUUUUUUUGAAGAUGCUAAGAAUACCGAUGUGCCUGUAAGCUGCUCAAGAGUGCCAAUUACCUUUGUGUCAACUGAUCAUGAAGAGCAGGCCAUCCUCUUGGAAACAAGGAAUCUAGACAAAGGUCAAAUUGGGGCCAAUGAGGAAAAGCCUUCAGGUUUGGAAGCUAAUGACGAAGUGAGUUUUGGUUCCCUUCGUGGCAAAUUAAGAGCUGAUACUCUCUCUGAAUCUUGUACAGACAGGCAGAGAGCAGAUACUGCAACUCGUAUAGAUGGAGAAAGUGGUGGAGUUGUUCUCUUUUCUCAUGCAGAGAAAGUUAAAAUUGGAAGCAACGAUGAAAAUUGUCAGGAAUUUUGUGAGAAGCUAGGUAAAGUUUGCAUCAUGACUAAUAAAAAUGAGUUGGGGGAACUCGAUGAGGUCAUUGAAGUUGGUGAAAUUGCUUCUUCUAACAAGAAGAACGGAAAUAGUUUUCAAUUUUCUGAUGGUACGAGUAUGGUCACGUGCGCUCCUAGUAGCUCAUCAGUGGAGGAGCUCAAAAUAGACGUUGAACCUGGAACCGGUUUACCAGCUUCGAGUAGUGACGAAAAGAUAUGUAGUCCUGCUGCUCACCAAUCUACUAGGAGAGUGGAAGAUAGGAAUGAUGAGUCAACAUCUAGUCAUUGCGGGAGUGGGAUUGGGGAAGAAUGUGAUCCUGUAAAGGAUGUGAAUAGGUCUUUGACUUACGUAAUGAUGGGCUCUGAUCGUGACAGAAGUUCUGAACUUGGUUUAUGUAGUUCAUCUAUUGAUGAAAGAUCAUGUCUUGUCAGCAAUGAUGCUAACAAUGUUUCUUCUAGCACUUUGUAUGAGUCCAAAUUUAUGAAUAAGAAGAUAAUUAGUUCCGGCAGUAAUCGCAUUACAUCAGAUGUAGAGGCUGUGAAUAGAACCGAGCUUGAUAGAAGUUCAGGGAGGUCUUUACGUGUUCCUCCUUCAAAUGAGCAAAAUUUCAUUACCGAGAUUGAUUCAGAUAUUCCUAACUUUAAGAUGGAGGAACCCUGGGAUGAUAGAGGUUUUGAAAGCAAUGUAUUUACUUCAUUUGAUGAUGAUGAUAAUGGGAAUAAGUCUUCUUUUGUUGCAGUUGAUAUGAGCAAAGUCGAUGAUAUAAGAAUCUGCAAGGGCAGCAGCGAAUUUAGUGUUGCUUUUGGUGGCAAGGACACUGGAACGCAUGCAAAUCCUGUCUCUUGCAUGGAGCAGGUAGGAAAUGUUGGAGGUUCCCAUGUUUCAUCUUCAUGUGAAAGUAAAUAUGCUUUGAGAGAUAGUUCGGCGACCGAUAGGCAAAUGGAAGAAGUUCAACAGGAUGAAGGUUCUUUGGAUUUUCAUGUGCUUGGCCAAUCUAAUUAUUCUCAAAGCUGCAACUUUAUAGAUAGUGUGAAUGAUAUAUUCUCAAGCUCAUUGGAGGAAUCCGGAAGCAAGGAGAUGAAGAGCUUUUGGAAUAAUGAGGUAUUGCAUGCUUUUGACAGUAUUGACACAGGAACGGACACCAAUGCUGGUAAAACCACUAUAAAGGGUAGCAGUUCUGAAGGUUCUUCCCCUGUUAUUUCAAGGAGUGGCCAGACAUUUCCUAACACAAAUAAUUUAUCUGGUAUUUAUAGAAGAAAAGUGGAGGAGCUUAAGCUGAAAAGAUGUUCUGAUAUUGGUUUAAUACACGUUCCUGAUGAUAUGAAGAGGGCUUCCACUAACGCACUUUGGGAGCAGCCUAAGCAAGAGGAUACGAACAAGACUAGGAACAAUGAGCUGAUGACUGGUUCUGUAAAUAAUUCACAAACUUAUGGGGAUUUCACGCCUGAGCUUAUCUGGGGAACUGAUGAACAAAAUUUCCAGCCGAGCAGAUUAGUUGAUACUUCAUCUGCUCCAAUGCAAUUGUCUGGCUGUUUUGCAAACUUCAAUAUAAUGUCAGAGAAGGAUGCCUAUGGUGAUCUUAAUGUUAAUGAAAGGUUCGAAGGCAUAUCAGGUUUUGAAGGGCUGGGAUUGGGCAGCACCAAACAGUCGCAGUAUGAUUUUCUGACUGCGCAAGGAACCUUGAAUUCAAAUGAAUCAAAGUGCUUGUCGCAUGCAGAAAUCAAACAAGGCUUUGAUCCUUCGUUUUGGCUUACAAAUGAAUCAUUAACAUUGUUUCCAAAAGUGGCCGCCGAGAAUCAGACUGUUACUAUCUGCAUCUGGUGCAGAAAGGAGUUUUAUCAUCAGGGUGUUAGCUCUGAAACAAAAUCAGGUUCAGUGGGUCUUAUGUGUGCAACCUGCCAGGGCAAAUUCUCAGGCUAAUUCAAUCUACUUCCGAUUAGUGCCAAGUCUACCAAGCCUCCAAUGAUGACUUGAUUGUUAUACAUACGCAACUUCUCGCCAAAUAUAACAUCUAAGGCCAGAUAUAAGUGGGCGCUGUUCUGAAGAUGCAGCAAUUUGUUGAUGGUUCAGGUCAUCUGCGAAAACGCUGAUUUCGCUCUUUUUUGAAGGUGACUUAUUGCGCCGUUCUAUCUUUUUCCUUCUCUCCUCUUAGGUCCAAAGGAUUGUUUCAUCACUGACAACUGAUUUAGGUAGUUCUCGUUUUUGUUCUGUAUUAUUUUGGUUGACCCAUUUUUUCCCGGCGGGGAGAAGGAAUCGAAAUGGUGGUAGGCGGUUCUUUUGACCUUUUUCUGCUCUCUAGUCCCUACUGAAGCAUUUCAAACAAAUCAUUUUGUGCAGUGCCUGAAAUAGAGUUAGUUUGGCCAAAUGUAGAUUAUUCCUUAACCACUCAUCGCGUGUUGUAACCUGUAUCUUGAAAGAUUAGAUGUUAUUUUUCAUUCACGGAAAUUUGAAAAAUGAAAAUGAAUGACUUGUGGAUAUCAUUUGUUAAAAGCUGCUAGCUACCCAAAAUUUUG